UCAAACAUUUCAUCAAGCACUUACAGUUACAAACUUACAGUUACACUUGUGUGCUCUAAAACGAACUCUCUGAACUUCACCAACGUGAUUCGCAUGGCGAUUUCCAAUUCAAUGGACUUUCUUCAACUCUUCAUUGCUGUCUUCAUCGCGUUCUCAAUCGCAUUCAGAGCUCACCGAAAAAAAUCCCUCAGCACUUCUGGCGCAAUCGCUGGGUUCUUCGUUAUGGCCCUUCACAUUUUUGUGGGUUACAGGUUUGGGGCGAUGCUGCUUGCGUUCUUUUACUCUUCGUCCACUCUCACAAAGGUAGGAGAGGAUAUAAAGCGAAUAGUUGAUCCUGAAUUCAAAGAAGGUGGACAAAGAAACUGGAUACAAGUUCUGGCCAAUAGUGGCAUUGCCUCGGUUCUGGUCGUAGCUAUAUGGGUACUCACCGAAGGGAAGGAUAAAUGCUUGAACUCUGAAGAGUCACCUCUGAUCACUGCUCUCAUUGGUGCUGUUAUAGGCCAUUAUUCCUGCUGCAAUGGAGAUACUUGGUCUUCGGAGCUUGGAAUUCUCAGUGAUGAGAAGCCUCGUCUAAUCACAAACUUCAAGUUUGUGAAGAAAGGUACAAAUGGUGGUGUGACAAAAAGAGGACUUCUAGCAGCUGCAGCAGCUGGAAGUGUCAUUGGACUGUCGUUUGUUCUUUUGGGAAUCUCAGCUACCAGAUGUGAGGGUAAGGGUAGUACAGUUCUUAAGCAACUACUGGUCAUACCCAUCGCCACCCUUGCAGGACUAUGUGGAAGUGUCAUUGACUCUCUCCUGGGUGCAACAUUGCAAUUCACCGGAUUUUGCUCCAUUCGCGGCAAGAUGGUUGGAAAGCCAGGACCAACAGUUAGAAGGAUUUCAGGUGCCAACAUUCUUGACAACAACGCAGUGAAUUUCGUAUCAAUACUGUUGACCUCAUUUUUUACUUCAAUCGCUUGUUUGUACAUUUUCUGAAUUCAUCACAAGAAGGGGUUAUGCAGCCAAAAGGAUCCAGAGUUCGAAACCUUGUAAUUCAGUGGAAUUAGACCGUUAGUUGUUCAUAUAUUGUUGUAUUCUCAUUCACCAAUUGGUAAAGUGGAUUACAUCAACAAUAGAAUAAAAACUGUAUCUGGUUCUUGAGCAUAAAUCAAUCGUAUGUUUUUUCCGUUUAGGAGAA